GGGCCUAGUCUGAGCUGGGCCGCCAUGGUGAGCCCAGGGAGAUCUGCAGAUAAGCCACCUGAGGGGCAGGUGGCAUUCUUCUCUCCUUAUCUGUGGAUUGCUGUCCUCUUCCUGGUUCUGGGGCCAGUCUCAGGAGUCAACUCAAACCCAACUCUGGUGAAGGGGAUGGUAGGAGGUUCCGUGACUCUACCCCUGAAUAUUUCAACGUUCUCGGAGAUUGAGCAUGUCACCUGGAAUGGCCCCCAAAAGGCUCUUGUUUUAGUACCAUCCACAGGAAAUGCUAUCUUCAUGGACAAACUCAAUCAGGACCGACUAAGUGUCAAUAAUCAGAACUACUCCUUGUCCAUCUACAAACUUACCCAGAAGGACGUAGGAACCUACAAAGCCCAGAUAAACCGGAAGACAUCUGAGAUCACAGCGGAGGAGGAAUUUACCCUGCUCAUCUAUGAGAGGCUGCAGAAGCCCCAGGUCACCGUGAAGUCCGUGGCUAUUUCUAAGGACGCCUCCUGCACCGUCACCCUCCUGUGUUCUGUGGAGGGGACAGAUGUCUCAUAUAGCUGGAUCCCGAGAGUCAGCAAUGUCUCUGAAUCCUACGGAAACUCCACUGUCACCCUCUCCUGGACACCCUGUGACCCAGAUCAGCACUAUACCUGCAAGGCCAGGAACCUUGUCAGCCAGGUCAACUCCAGCUCCAUUUUCAUCCAGCACGUCUGUUCAGAUCCAGACACCUCUGAAGGAAGACCGGUGGCAGGACUCCUAGGGGAGUCAGUGACCUUGCCGCUGGCACUCCCGGCCCACCAGGGCAUAAAAGGUGUGAUCUGGGUGUUUAAUACAUCCAUCAUCAAUAAAGUGCCGGCACCAGUGACCGCCAGCCCGCUCAAGUCUAGCCAGGACUUCUCCCUGAAGAUUGACUCCGUGACGAUGAAGGAUGCUGGCACCUACCAAGCCUUCUUGUGCUCAAAGGCGUCCAAAGUCAUCCACUCAGAACGCAUCACCCUGCAUGUCUACCGGAGGCUGCAGAAGCCCAGCAUCACCUGGAAUAGCCCUGGGCCCUUGGAGGGCGGUGUUUGUAGGGUCAGCCUGACCUGCUCAGUGGAGGACUCGAACGUGACAUACACAUGGAGCCCUCUGCAGAAAGGCGCCAUGGUGUCCCAAGGGGGCUCGCGCCUCACUGUUUGCUGGAGAAGUGGUGACACCCACCCCACUAUCACUUGCACGGCCAGCAAUCCUGUCAGCAACAGCUCCCAGAAGUUUGUUCCUGGGGACAUCUGUCCAGCAGCACCAAAGAAGGAGAGGAAUAUCGUCAUUGGAGUCUCGGUGUUUUUCACCCUCUGCUUUGCUGGCAUUGCUGUCUGGUACAUUUGGAAGAAGAAAAGAUGUGGUUCUGCUCCAACCACCAAUUUUAGUCAAGAAAAGUCUCCAGAUGUCACUCAAGAUUCCACCAUGGGCUUCUCACGCUGCAGGCUCUCCCGAGGGUAUGAUAUGCUGGGCAUGACCCCCAGGACUGCUGGGAAGCAGCCUCCCUCAGACUGCAGCUCCAGCGACAGCAACUUGACCACCGAAGAGGAUGAGGAGAGGAAAGUGAUGCACAUGGCUGGGCCAGGGAGAGACCAGGCCCAUGGCCAGGUCACUCAGGGGAAACCUAAACAGGAGUCCAAACUCACCACUCCAGGCAGCAUGACACCUCUGUUUGAGGUCAAGGGGGACACAGUGUACACUCAGGUGUUCUUCAACUCACAGGGUAAGACCCCACUUUCUCAGGAGAAUGAGAACUCAGCCACCAUCUACAGCUCUGUGCAGGGACUACAGGAGGUGGGGCCACCAGUGCGACAGCAUGGUGCUAAGUCUCCUGACAUCUCUAACUAUGAAAACCUCACCUGAAAUGAAAAGCUGGACUGGUACAUGGGAGGUUGCCAUUGAAUCUCAGAUCUCCCUGGAUGGGGCCCUCCCUGUUCCCCCACCCCAUGACUGCCCCACCCCACAGACAGGCCAGACACAGAUUA